AUGGCUUCCCAAGAUCAUCAGCAUAUCCAUGUCGUCUUCAUUCCUCUAAUGGCCCAAGGCCACAUGAUUCCCAUGAUGGACAUAGCCCGCUUGUUCGCAAGACGCGGGGUGAUGGUCACCAUAAUCACCACACCCCUCAACGCAUCUCGUUUCCAGGCCGUCAUAGACCGCGAAAUGCAAGCCGGCCUACAAAUCGAACUCGUACAAUUCCCAUUCCCAUGUAAAGAACUUGGACUUCCACAAGGAUGUGAUAACGUUGAUCUCAUCCCUUCACAAGAGAUGGCGGUAAAUUUCUUGAAGGCAGUCGAUUUCCUACAACACCCGGUAGAACAAUUCCUCCAAGAACAUCAAACUCCCGUGAGCUGCAUAAUUUCGGACACAUGUCUACCUUGGACAUGCGAAACGGCUAGCAAGUUUCAAAUUCCGAGAAUUGCAUUCCAUGGAACAUGUUGCUUCUCUCUCUUGAGCAUGCUCAAUAUACACUGUUACAAGCCUUACAAAACCGUUGCAUCCGAAUUGGAGCCAUUCGUCAUCCCGGGUUUGCCUCAUCGAAUUGAAAUAACGAAAUCCCAGCUCCUUGUCGACAUGAAUGCCAAUCUGGAGUUGCAACAGGUUAACGAAAAACUUAUAGAGGGAGAUCUAAAAUCUUAUGGUGUGGUGGUGAAUAGUUUUGAAGAGCUGGAGCCUGAAUACGUGGAGAGCUACCAGAAGGCUUGCGGAAAGAAGGUUUGGACUGUUGGACCAGUUUCUCUGUGUAACACGGAGAUUGUAGAUAGAGCUGAAAGAGGGAACAAGGCCUCAAUCGACGAGCACGAAUGUUUGAGUUGGCUUGAUUCGAGGAAGCCCAGGUCAGUUGUUUAUGCUUGUUUCGGAAGCAUAUCUAUUCUUGCACCAUCGCAUUUGAUAGAGAUUGGUUUGGGACUAGAAGCUUCAAAACACACUUUCAUUUGGGUGAUUAGAAAAGACCAGAAAUGUUCUGAGGUAGAAGAAUGGCUUUCAGGCGGAUUCGAGGAGAGGGUGAAGGAAAGGGCUCUUAUAAUUAGAGGCUGGGCGCCACAAAUGCUAAUUCUAUCCCACGCAGCUAUAGGAGGAUUCUUAUCACAUUGUGGUUGGAAUUCGACGUUGGAGAGCAUCAGUGUAGGUGUGCCAAUGAUAGCAUGUCCUGUCUUUGCAGAGCAGUUCUUCAAUGAGAAGCUUAUCGUACAUGUUCUCAAGACGGGAGUGAGUGUUGGUGUCAAGGCAGCUAUUAAGUGGGGGCAAGAGAAGAGAGUAUUUGUGAAGAUGGAAGAAGUUAAGAAGGCCGUCGAGAGAUUGAUGGAUGAGGGAGAGGAAGGAGAAGAGAGGAGAAAGAGAGCUAGAGAGUUGGGAGAGAAGGCAAGGAGCGCUAUGGAAGAAGGCGGAUCUUCAUACAACAACAUAACACUUUUAAUUCAAGAUAUCAUCAACCUGGCUAAUAAGAAUUGGAAUGCCAAAGGUGAAGCAUGA